AUGUCAAAAAAGAGUAGUAUCAAGAAAUUCAAGUUAGUUCAUAUUGAAAAUUCAGACGGUGAUCCAUCCAAAUGGCCUGACACAACUACAAAAAAAAUAGUUGAUGGUACUCAUAUAAAAAUAUUUUAUGAAUUGGAUGAAAAUUCCCAUGCAUAUGGUGCUUGGAUGGAAAUACUUGGUAAAGCCAUUGCUAAAGAAAUAAAAUUGAAAGAAAAUUUGGUGCUGGAACAAAUGCCAUAUGGAUAUAAACUAUUUGUUCAAUACAAAUAUUCAAAAAGAAUAACACCAAAAGAAUUACCCAUGAGUUGUCGUACCAUAAAAGACGGCGAAGAGUGUGAUCCUAGAGGUGCUAGAUUUAGAUCAAAAAACGACUUUGUACCACAUUGCGUGUGGCUUUAUUUUAAUAAAAAAGAUAGUUGUAAAUGUAAUCAUUGUGAUAAAGAAUCCCAUGAAAAACGCAAAGAAGCUAUAAGAGCAAGUAGAUCAUUGGUUCGGCUUAGUAAACAACAGAUUGAUACAAAGGUUCCUAAGAAAGUUAAAAAAAUUAAUGAAAAUAUUGACAAUAACACAUUAUCUAUUAUAAAUAAUUCAAAAUAUCAACGUGGAGAGAUUAUUUGGGUUUCAGAUACAACGCUAACAUUUAAAUUGUCUUCACGGGAUCAAAGAGAUAAUAAUAAUAAUGAGAUGGAGGAAAUCUUUUGGCCUGGAGUAAUUGUUGAAGUUGGACCAAAUCUAAUUCAAAAAAAUUAUAAUGUUUAUUCUACUGGAUUUUUAAAGCCAUCAUCAAUCAAAAAUCAAUUGGAUAAUUAUAGGUAUUUGAUAAAGCUUUUGAUCAUAAAUAAAUGUUACGAGUAUCCAACAUUUGCUUUAUCACCAUGGCUCUCAAUUGAUCACGAAGAAUUAGCAUUUAAAUAUUCAAAUGAAAUUUAUUUACCACAAUUUUUGAAAGCAAUACAAAUUGCCUCUAAUGUUCAAAAACAUUAUAUAAUGGGAUCAGUUUAUAAUUACAUUGUUAAUCAUAAAGAAAUAAAUUCAAUUAAAGAUCCUAUUCAAAAACAACGAAUUAUUAAUGCAAAAAAUUAUCCACACUAUAAGUACACUGUUGAUUUAGAGGAUAUUGCUGGGCGGUUUUAUCCAAAUAUGGAUUUAUUCAAUAAAAAAAUGAAUGUCAAAGAAGAGAAGACUUCAAGAGAGGAAUUAUUUGAUCUAGCAAUUGAUCAAUUUGUUGAUAAUGAAUCUUCUUCUUCUUCAAGUAAAAUAGAUAAUAAAUGUUUUAUGGAUAAUGUUUUGUCUAAUAAACAAUCAGUGGCAUCAACUGAUGCUGCUCAGAUUUAUAAAAGUGAGGAUGAUGAAGAUGCCACUAUAACUGAUGAUGAUAAUAACAGUACAAAUGAUAAAACUGUUAUAAAAGAGUCACUACAAGAAUGUCAAAGUUAUAAAUCAGAAGAAAAUGAGAUGAUUAUUGAUAAUUGA